UGUAAGAUCAAAUCCGUACGUGAAGGAUUUAUCAAUUCUGAACCACUGGUGAUCCGAUAAUGAGGCGGGACCAGUGCCUGGCUGGCAGCGGAAGACCGGACGUGACGUAGCAGCAUGUGUGUAUAAAGCAUGCUCCGUUUGCAAUUACUGUUUGUGUGUUUAGAAGUUGUCACUGGUGGAUAUCUCUUCGUGAAAUAGUAUCGUCUCGUUCCCAACAUUGAUUGGUGAUCCUACAGCGGGCGUUUCCAGAAAGCAGCGCCAUGUGAACAGUUCGUUGUUGCCUUGAUUUCUGUCUCACGUGUAAGCUCGUUAUCAUUUAUAGCUAUGGGACUUCACCACUCAAAGAAAAGCAGGAACAAACGGGCCUCUUCUGCAGAUGGGAAGGGAAAAGGGAAAGGGAAGAAGUAUCUUCCCACAAAUGGACACACGUGUAAUGGACAUAUUGUGGCACCUGCCAGAGAUCCCCUCGAGCAUGCACCAAAAAUCACAGAACCACAGAAGGCUAUGGUGCUGGAAUCGUGGCAGAUUAUUCAAGAGGAUAUCAGUAAAGUUGGGGUCGUAAUGUUUAUGAAACUGUUCGAGACGCAUCCGGAUGUACAGGACGUGUUCUAUCCGUUCAAGGGUCAGAGCUCAGAGGACCUCAAGUACAGCUCCCAGCUCAAGUCCCACGCUCUGCGCGUCAUGGGCACUGUGGAAAAAUGCCUAGCUAGGAUCAACGACCCUAAGAAGCUGGUGGAGCUUCUCCACGAUCUCGGUGCCCGACACGUCAUGUACAAUGCUAGAGUGGAUUACAUUGACCUAAUCGGUCCUCAGUUUAUUUGGGCCAUUCAGCCAGUAGUUGGAGACAAGUGGAACCCGGAGCUAGAGCAGGCAUGGUCGGAUGUCUUCAAGUUCAUCAGUCAUAUCAUGAAGGAAGCAAUGACAUUCUAGAUUACGAGGUGGGAGAGACAGCAGGCUAAAGACACGGGACUCUCAAAUAAUUGAUGCAGACACUUGCGAUCACCGUGAAAUUGGUGACAGUUUUGAAAGAUCAAAGAUUACAGAUCAAAGAUUUUCAUGUUGAAUUAAACAUAAGCAGUGCUGACUGAAAUAUAUCUUGGGUAAAUUGUACAUAAAUAUAAAACACCAUGGUAUUUCGGCUGAUUUGCGCAUUGCUGACCAAACCCAUUCAAUCAUCCUACAUGCAAUGUUUACAGAUGGCUACAUACGAUAUAAAGAUUGCUUGUGGGAUUAGCUUACAGAGACGGUGUCUCCGACAAUCAGCCGAGAUGAUCAUCUGGUGAGCAGGCAUUCAGAGGCCAGGCAGAACUUGCCGUUGGACAUUUGGCAAUGACAGAAAGCCAUUUGUGCCUGUUGGUUUAUGGGGAGACUUCAAAGGAACGGUCUUUUGAAUGAAGCCUCUUAACGCCAACGAUUAUGUAUUAGGAUGAGAAGAUCUCUCGCGCCUUUGAUAGGGAAAUUGUUCCCGUAAAGACCGCUCCGUCUCUACUUAACUGUCCAUACACAGCCUGAGGAUGAUAACGGGAAAGGCAAGACGACGUUAUUAGUGAAGCGAUGGUUCUUCAGUAUGGGUUCCCUCUUCGUCAGCGAUGAUGUGAACUGGACAAACUGGGGUCGAUCUUCACUAAGGAGAUGGGUUUAGGCUAUGUUUAGCAUAUAUGUUCUUUGUCUUUAACUUUUUGUUUUGUUUAUAGGUCUUCUGAUGGUUCCAUGUGACAAUCUUGCUGCAUAACAGUUUAGGAGUUGCCCCUUGCCAGCACACGUUCUAUGAAUAUAUGCACCAUACACCAAUUACGAGAAUAGGUUGUCGUGGUAUAAGAGACAAUGGAUUGAUCAUCAGUGGUUUAGCAUAGCAAUGAUCAAUAAAUCUAUCAUUUCUUUUAUCUUCAAGGAAACCAUUUAGCAUUCAGACUUUUAUCACUGAAUGGUUUGUCUCUUCUUGGCUUAUUUUACAUAUCCGUUUAUACAGUAGACUGAGUUAUUACCUCAUUGCGAAACACACAAGUCUAACUGUUGGUCUGAAAAUGGUAAUUUGUAAGUUGGUUUAGAGUUGUUUACCUGAUCAUAUCACUCACACGGAAAACAGAUCCGUGAGUUUAGUGUUUCUUGUAACCAGUCUCAAAAUAUCAGGGAAGCACUAACGUCAUAUGAUUAACAAUUAAUAGACUUUAUAUUGCAUAUGGCCAAGUCAAGGUUUGUGUUUAUUUGUUUGUCAGUUACACGCUGUUAUUUGUCCUAUUUUGUGUUCAUGUUUGUAUCCGACACGUAAUUCUAUUGUGAUUGUCGGUGUGACAUUGUUAGUACAGCAAUAAAAUGAAGGCAAUCACUUUAUACACGCUCUGUGCUAAAA